AUGGUCCGGCUGAGAAGAGCCUCCCGCCUAGGAGGUGAGCCUCACGGAGACAGUGACGCUCCAGCAUUUGCGACAACCGUUGUCCAGCAAACUCCUCUCAUAUCCUCUUCCGCUCCUUCUCCUUACUCUAAAAAAGCGCCCACCAAGACCAGAAUUCAAGCCAACAAACAAGGAGGACGAUCGGCCUGGCAACGAUAUUACACUUACGCUCGCCGACAUACAUGGCUGACUCCCCUGUUACUUGUCCUCAUCAUCCUCUCCGCUUACUUGGUUCAUCCAACUGAAUCAAAUCCUCUCCAUGCCGCCAUCUUCUUGUCCUAUCCUCUCCCCAAGACCAAGACCGAGACCGAUGGCCCGACAAUGUACGGAAAGGGUGUCAGAGAUUUCGCUUUUGUCGCCUUCUACACUGUUGUUCUCUCCUUCGCUCGGGAAUUCCUCAUGCAGCGGGUGAUAUAUCCCCUGGGACUGUAUUGUGGCAUCUGCAGUCGCAGCAAGAUAGCGCGUUUUAUGGAACAGUUGUAUGCAGCCAUGUAUUUCAGCGUCUUCAUCCCUCUCGGGCUCUACGUCAUGUCGCGCUCGUCUGUCUGGUACUUCAACACCACCUCCAUGUUCCAAGGAUACCCGCAUCGCGAACACGAGGGCCUGCUCAAGGCGUACUAUUUGCUCCAAGCCAGUUAUUGGGCCCAGCAGGCCGCUGUGCUGAUACUGCAACUCGAGAAACCUAGGAAAGAUUUCCGGGAGCUGGUGGCCCAUCAUAUCAUCACGCUCACCUUGAUCUGGCUGAGCUACCGGUUCCAUUUCAUGCACAUGGGCCUUGCGGUCUAUAUCAGCCAUGAUAUCUCCGAUUUCUUCCUCGCAACUUCCAGAAUCCUCAACUACCUCGAUUCUGUCUUUGUCGGCCCCUUCUACGGCACCUUCGUUGUCGUUUGGAUCUACACACGCCACUACAUCAACCUCCGUAUCCUCUGGGCCGUCCUGACCGAGUUCGCCACCGUCGGCCCCUACAAGUUGGAUUGGGAGACCCAACAGUACAAAUGCUGGAUCAGUCAGGUCAUCACUUUCGUGCUUCUCGCAGGCUUGCAAGCCCUGAAUUUGUUUUGGCUGUUUUUAAUCCUGCGAGUCCUCUGGAACUAUGUUGCUACUCGUGUUCCGAGAGACGAGACUAGUGAUACCGAGGAGGAGGAGGAGGAGGGACAUCAUGGCGGGUCCUCAGCGUGGGUGUCAAAAUAG